AUGAAAUUUACAACUGCGUCGUCAUCGCAUAGAGAAGCUCUGUUACAAAAAUGGCAACGUCAUCUUCAUGGUCAUACAAAUAUAACUUUUCAAGAACUUUUACAUCUAUUUCGACAACGUCAAUUAUUAGAAACACUUUUUUCCUUAUUUGAUCGUGAUUCAAGUGGUUUACUUUCAGAAUCUGAAUGGAUUGGAUCUAUUUAUAAAGUUGCUGAAACAGCGAAUCGUACAAAAGAUAUUCGAUCACUUGAAACAUUUACUCAUAGUUACAGACAUAUGUCACAUGAUCAUGAUUCAUUAUCAUUGAGUAAUUUUUGUAAAUUAUUUGAAGAUUCAUCUUUCCGGCGACAAUUUGCUUCAUUAUUUCUUGGUGAAUCAGAUACAAUAACUGUUAUGGAAUUUAUAGAUAUACUUCGAGCAGUUUCCAAUGUUAAAUCAGAUACUAAAUGGCUUUCAUGGCUUGCUUAUCAAUUUCAUAUUAUAGCUGGUAAACAACGACAUCAUAUACCUGUGGAAGAAAGCGUGAAUUUAGAAACAUUUAAAAAUAGUUUUUAUUUUAAAGUUCCACAAUUAGCUGAAUGUUUAUUUAAUUAUCUUGACGUACAUAAAACUGGUCGAUUAACAUUAGAAAAUUUUAUUCAAAGACUUGAAUUUAUUGUUGAAGCUAAUAAUAUUGAAAAAGUUGAAUUUCUUUUCAAAAUAUUCGAUCAUGAUGAUGAUGGAAUUAUUGAGUUUUAUGAAAUGAAAUUAUUACUUCGUUGUUUUCUUGAACAAUCACCAUCAUUGGAUUUAGAAGAAACAUUAGCAGAAUUAACAGCUACUUUAUUUAAAGAAACUGAUGUUGAUCGAUCAGGUGAUAUUAGUUUAGAAGAAUUAACAAGUGCAUUUAGACGAAAUGAACAUUUAUUUAAAGUUCUUUCAUUGAGUACACAUAGUUGGAUUCAACCUAAACCAGUAUCAAUUAGUAAAAGUUAUAAACGUUCAUUAACAAUUCGUAGUUGGAUACGUAAUAAUAUUGGUUUAGUAUUUUUCUGGUCAUUAUAUUUAUUUAUAUGUUUUUGUAUAUCUAUUAAUGUUAUUCGUAUUUAUCUUAUUCAACAACAAGCUCAUUAUCUUAUUAUUAUUGCUCGAAUAAGUGGUGGUAUGCUUAAUUUUAAUUGUGCUUUAGUACUUCUAUUAAUGCUUCGUAAACAUAUAACAUGGCUUAGAACAAAAGGUGGUGGUGUAAUUCUACCACUUGAUCAUCAUAUUGAUAUACAUAAAAUUAUUGGAAUUAUUAUUUUAGUGGAAGCUCUUUUACAUACAAUAGCACAUUUAGCAUAUUUAGGUUAUGUAUUUUAUGUUUGUGCAUUAGCAAGAGAUUGCGGUUUUCCAUGUGAAGGUGGUAAUCAUAGUAGUCUUCAUUAUCAUUUAUAUAAUGAAUCAUCAGCUGAUCCAUCAAUAUUAACAACAAGGUAUCAUUAUGAUCAUACAAUAAAUAAAUGUGAUACAUUUCAAUAUCAUGGAUGUGGUGGUAAUUGGAAUAAUUUUCAUACAGAAGUCCAAUGUUCUACUCGUUGUAAACCAUAUCGUGAAACAGGUCAUACCUAUCUUGAUGCUCUUCUUACGACUAAAUUAGGACUUGGUUAUAUAACUGGUGUUAUUGAAUUCAUUAUAGGCGCAAUUUUUUAUAUAAUGUGCUUACCAUUUGUACGAAAAAGUGGUUAUUUUCAAUUAUUUUAUUGGUGUCAUAUGUUAUGUCUUCCAUGGUUAAUAAUAAUGCUUUUACAUGGACCACAUUUUUGGAAAUGGUUAUUAAUUCCAGGUUUUUUAUAUCUUAUUGAAAAAAUUCGACGUUAUCAUAAAUCACGUUCAAAUAAACAUGGUGAAACAUUUAUUAUGGAAGCUAUUUUAUUACCAUCUCAAGUUAUUCAUUUAGUAAUUAAUAAACCAAGAAAAUUUCGAUAUAAACCAGGAGAUUAUAUUUAUAUUAAUAUACCAGCUGUAGCUAGUUUUGAAUGGCAUCCAUUUAGUAUUAGUAGUGCGCCAGAACAUAAAGACAGUCUUUGGCUUCAUGUUCGUGCUUGUGGUCAUUGGACUCGACGUGUUUAUGAUUUAUUUCGAGCAAAAUUACAUCAAGAACAUGGUUUUUCUCCUGAUGAUAAUAGUCAUACAAAUCUUCGUUCAUCAAUGCGUUCACGUAUGUCAAGAUCUUAUAUAAGUGAAUUACGUGGUUCUGUGCAAGCAGAUACACAUCCUCAAGCUGAUGUAAAUAAAAGUGAACAUAUAAUUCGUCCAUCCUGCCAAACAAAUACUAAAACUAAUCCAAAAGUUAGUUCACUUUCAUUACCGCAAGUAAAAUUUAUGAGACGAUCAUCACCAUCAUCACCAUCAUGUCAUUCAGCAAUCAGUUUAUGUGAUCGUAAUAGUUCAUAUACAACAAAUCAAUCAUUUGAAAGUGAUAACAACAUAAGUGAUACUAGAAAGGAAGAUACUAUAAAAGAAGAUACUAUAAAAGAAGAUAUUGAAGCAGAAGAGACUGAAACAGAAUAUACUAAUAGAGAAGAUAUUAAAAAAGAAGAUAUUAAAAUAGAAGAUAUUAAAACAGAAGUAGUAUUACGUCAAGCACCACACAAACAUAAUAAUAAAUUAACUGUUCCACCUGUCGGUGAUUAUUGUAUACGAAUAUCAAAUACACCAUCUAUGGUUGAUGAACAACAGGAACUUGGAUUCAAUGAUUCACGUUUAUCGGAUGCACUUGGUUACUUACGUAUGUAUAAAAAUCGUAAUCGAGUACAAUUAAAUACACUUCAAUUUAACGAUCGAGAAGAUUUAGAAAUCUUAAUUGAUGGUCCAUAUGGUGCUCCAUCUCAACAUAUAUUUGAAGCUGAACAUGCUGUUUUAAUAGCAGCUGGUAUUGGUAUAACACCAUUUGCAUCUAUUUUACAAAGUAUAAUGUGUCGUUAUCGAAAUCUUCGACAUAAAUGUCCAAAUUGUGAACAUAUUUGGGAUAAUCCACAAAAUGAUGAACCUUUCGUGAAAAAAGUGGAUUUCAUUUGGGUUACACGUGAACAACGUUCACUUGAAUGGUUUAUUAGUUUAUUAGCUCGAAUGGAAAUUGAACAACAACAUUUAAGACAAAACUCUGAUAAAGGUCCUUUACUUGAAGUUCAUUUAUAUGUUACAAGUGCAAAAUCAGCAGCUGAUUUAAAAGCACUUAAUGUUUAUUUAUCAUUGGAUUUAAUCGGAAGAGAAAAUGCAGCUAAUUGUGAUGCUGUUGAUGGACUUCGACAACGAACCAAACAUGGUCGACCUGAUUGGGAUCAAGUUUUUGGCGAUUUAUUAUGUGCAAAGAAAGGUAAAAUAUCUGUAUUCUAUUGUGGACCACCGGCAUUAUCAGGUAUUUUAACAACAAAAUGUCGUCAAUAUGGAUUCGCUUAUAAAAAGGAAUUAUUUUAA